AUGGCAUUUAUUCCUUCUAGCAUUAAAAGUUGUUUGUCAAAUCCAGAUCCUCAUGUUAAUUAUUCGGCGAAGGUUUGUUAAAAUUGCCCCUAUUCGUGUAAAUCCAUUUUAAAAAAUGUUUCAGUUCACCACUAUCCAAGAUCCUUUACAAAAAGAACUUCAAAGAGCUACACUUGGAAAAGCUAAAGAAUUUGGAACAUUGGGUGCACCAGAAGUUCUGACUUUUGGUGAAAACUUCAUCCGAGCUUUCAAAGGCAAAAAAGUUCUUGACAUCGGAACCUAUACGGGAAUAUCUGCAUUAGCUUGGGCUUUAGCACUUCCGGAUGAUGGAGAAGUUCUAACAAUGGAUAUUGAUUUGAAUAACUAUAAAAAAUUUGGAGUUCCAAUAAUAUCAAAACAUCCCGAAACAUUCAAAAAGAUCAAAGCUGUUGAGGCCCCAGCCCUUGAAACUUUGGAUGAAUUAAUUGCUGAUGGUCAAUCUGGAACUUUUGAUUUUGCAUUUAUUGAUGCAGAUAAAGAAAAUUAUGAGAAUUAUUAUAAUCGAGUGGUGACACUUUUGAAAUCUGGCGGAGUUGUAUUUCUAGACAAUGUGAGUUAAUUUCGAAAUUUUAGAUUCUCUACAUACAAAUUGUAAUGUUAGUCAUCUUCUAUUUCUGCACGAAUAACUUUUUUUUUUGAAAAAACCAAGAAUUCAAAUUUGUUGAUAAAAAAUUAUGAGUAGAGAGUUAGCCGGAAAUAACUUCAAUUUCCUUUGUAAUAGAAAAAUAUUCACAUAUCCUGCUCCAGAUAAAAAUGUAGUUAUUUUUAAACCCCAAUUUCAUUUAUUAUCCAUAAAUCUUAUUUUCCAGUGUCUUUGGGGUGGUCGAGUUACUGUAGAAGAACAUUUGGAAAAUGACCCACUGUGUGCGGCGAUCCAUAAAACAAAUCGCAUCAUUUUCCAAGAUUCUCGAACCUAUUCUGCACUUUUGAAUUUUGGUGAUGGAACACACGUGGCUUUUAAAGUUUGA